AUGGAACCUGGAAAACUCAACAGGAAGUUUGGGAUCGUACUAUUCCAUAGACUUCCGGCCCAGCGCCAGGCUGAGCUUCUUACCCCGGCUUCUGGGACCUUCCUCUUCCAGUUGGGGUCCGUCGAGGUGUGGGUACGGAACAGUGACAGCGGAGGCUGGAUCUUGGGAGGUGCCACGUGCGGACCGAAGUUAGCUGAUGUGCUGGCAAAUUCUUCUCCCUCCACUGUCACCUUAACUGAGGAUAAGAAUAGACCUACUAGUGAAAAACCAUGUUUCAUAAGUGUUGCCUUAAGAGAUUAUCAGGCUUAUGGGAUGAAGUUAGAGAAGUCUGACCUUUCUUCAGCUUGCUUAGCGACAACCCUUACCAGCUUAGAUGAAGCCCUGCAUGGAGGUGUGCCUUGAACCUCACUCACAGAGAUUAUAAUCAGUAUAGCAGAAUUCCAUUUCCCAAGCUUUUUUAAUACUGAAGAUAAAUUACUUUGCAUGAGUAAUAAAAUUCAUUUGCAUCAGGAACUUACUUGCAACCAUAUACUAAAAAAAAUCGAGUCUUUGGAGGAAGAAAUUAUCUCCAAGGUAGUUAAACUUUUGGUUAUUGAUAGUGCUGCUUCUGUGGUCAGAAAGGUGUUUGAUACACAACUUCAAGGUAACAUGAGGGAGAGAAGUAAUUUUCUGGCAAGAGAAGCAUCAUUAUUGAAGUAUUUGGCUGAGGAAUUUUCAAUAACAGUUAUCUUGACGAAUCAAAUUACAACCCAUCUGAGCGGAGACCUCACUACUCAGGCAGACCUGGUGUCUCCAGCCGAUGAUUUUUCCCUGUGGGGAGGUACCUCUGGAUCCAGUUGUGUGACAGCUACUCUAGGGAACACUUGGAGUCACAGUGUGAACACCAGGCUGAUUCUCCGAUAUCUUGACUCAAAGAGAAGACAGAUUGUCAUUGCCAAGUCACUACUGGCUCCAUUCUCCGUGUUCAAUCAUACCAUCAAGGAAGCGGGACUAAUUCUUCAAGAUCAUCAUGGGAGGAGGUAAUGGAAACAAAAAUGGAUCAUACUGAAAACAAGCCAAUCACUUUUCCACUUGGUCUGUGGCCAACCCUGAUGAGCUGCUGGGGAGGGGUUCCGGCCCAGUGCAAACUGGUGAGAUGGUGUCAAGCACAACCUUCUUUCACUGUAAUGAUAGCUGAAUGUAUGUGAUGGUCUACAUGUUGAAGAAGAUGACUAUUUUUAUUGCAGAUUAAGCAAUGCAAGGAAUCAUGUAAGUCAUUUGUGGGAUCUUUGGAAGUGAGCAAAUAAUUAGCAGCAGCUGCAAACAUUGAUGGAGUA